AUGGUCAAAAAACUCGGAACAAUCACAGACAUCGACACGAAGAGCUACUAUCUCGUUGUGGACAGGCAGAGCUUCGUUGUGAAGGAUAAAGCUCUCAAGAAAGCAAAAGUUGCGAAGCAUGAAAACGAGCCUACCUUGAACAUUACGACUAAGAAAUUGAAUUUGAUGACGAAAGCGAGUGAAUUCGACGAGUAUCUUGUGAUUAAAACACCUGGGUCGAAGAAACUUUCCGUAAAACGAGCAUAUGUGCACAGCCUUCGUCCCCGCCCCACAGAUAGCCAAGAUGAUGGUCAAACAACGACCAUCAGACGCGACAACUAUAGAGAGGCGAAAUUCCGCGUGCAAGAAGAGCUUGGAGGAGCUAGGCAAAAACGAAUUCUGGCCGAGAGAAAGAAAGAAAAACAGAUUUUCGAUCAUGGGCAAGCACUGGAAGCGUCAAAGGAAGCGAUCAAUGCUCCACUGCCGAAGCUUGUGAAACGAUUGGGCAGCAAGAGGCACUAG